AUGAGGCCAGCUCGAACCCCGGUGGUGAUGCUGGCCGCCAGGCUCUUUCUGCAGCAGCUAGAGCCGCCGGCACAGAUCCCCAGCCUCUUGGCCUCCCAGCCACCCAUCCUCCCACCGUCCCCGCCCCUUGCCCUGGCACACACCACCACCACCCUCUCUUCCUUUAAACCACCUGAAAAAACCACUUCUCAGAAGUCGGAUUUAGCCACAGUCAAACAAAGUACAUCCACUGUGAAAUCCACUGAGAAAUCCACUGUGACAUCCAGUGUGACAUCCACUGUGACACCCACUCUGACUACUGCGCUGAGCGUUGUACCCACGUCUAAAACAUCUGUCAUAAGUGCGGUAUCAGCUUCAGCCCAGAAAAACACAAUCGCCACAGAGAGCAACACCUCUCUUCUAACUACUAAAGAUCCUACAACCACAUCAACCACCGACUCAACAAAUCCUAAAAGCACGAGCAGCCAGAAUGCAAUUUAUGAUCCAUCCACAUCCAGAAUCCCAACUACCCACAGUGUGACCACAGACAGCGUGACCACUAAGGAAGGCAGUCAGAUAAUCUCCACAUCUCCAGAUCCGAAUAUCAUCCGAGGCAUCUCUCCUACUCUGUCUUCCUCGACCAACCUCGAAAGCACUCAGCAGCCUAGCAGGGGCCCUGUGACUUUGGCCCCCGGGACUUCAGAGCCCACAGGAAGCUCCCCGGAGGAAUCAAACAAAAUGAAUAUAACUACAAGUUCAGGCAGGAUGACAAGUCCCACCUUCACAGCUCAGGUGACCACACUGAAACCACAGGUCACCGUCAAAGGAACUCAACACACCUCCAGGGAGACGCCAGCUGUCACUGUCAGCGCUGGAGCUCAGCAACCUACAGGCUCUUCACUGGGACCUGGGACCACAUCUCUUGUCAGGAGAUCCACCAUCUCCAGCACUCAGUUGACAUCAAAUGCCCCCCAAAGCUCCAGCACCCAUUCUCCCACCUCAGUUAUUCCAACAAAUAUAGGGCAGUGCCAUCCUCUUGAAAAGCUGAAUGGGAGCAAACUCUCCCUGAACAUUUCGGGAGCCAACAGCUGUAAUACAGUUGCUUCGAAUCACAGACUGGUCGAGGUGUUGUGCCAAGCAGUAAAACCCUCCUUCAACAAAACUCAAGAUGAGUGCCAUAUAGAGAUGGCUCCUGGUUCACAUGCCCAGGAAGUGGACAUCAAACACAUUACUAUCAUCACAAAGCUCCAUCCCACGGACAUUUAUAAAUCACUGAAAGACGACUGGGACAAGCUAGAAGACGUGGGCGUCAGAGACAUGCAGUUUGAGGGUCAAGGGCCACCAGAAGAGAUGGAGGACCGGUUCAGCAUGCCCCUGAUCAUCACUAUUGUCUGCAUGGCAUCCUUCUUGCUCCUGGUGGCGGCCCUCUAUGGCUGCUGCCACCAGCGCCUCUCCCAUAGGAAGGACCAGCAACGACUAACAGAGGAGCUACAGACGGUGGAGAAUGGUUACCAUGACAAUCCGACACUGGAAGUGAUGGAGACCUCAUCAGAGAUGCAGGAGAAGAAGGUGGCGAACCUCAAUGGGGAGCUGGGGGACAGCUGGAUCGUGCCUCUGGACAACCUGACCAAAGAUGACCCUGAAGAGGAAGACACACACCUCUAA